AUGUUGGUCAAUUAUACUUUAUUCCAAUUUGUGUCCAAAUUCAGCAGUAAGUAUACUUCCGCAAUCGCCUGGCCAACAAUUGAACUUGCUGAACGUAAUUUUAACCCAAUAUUGCAUUGGCGGGAGGUUUCGACAAGAAAGUCUAUGGGCGAUGAACUGACCCAACAUCCCAACAGACUGAUACUUGAUGGCGACUAUAUAUUAAUGCCUGCUUAUUCUGCUGUAAACGGCCAUGGGGAUGUUAUUGUUAGAAACAAUCCUGACAACAUCAAGAUUAUAUCGAAGACAGGUAAAAGCAAGGUGGUUAAAUUACCUGAACCCAGUGAAGGUAGAGUUAUCACGCAAGAUAUUAGAGGACUUGCUGUUGAUAAGAAUAACAACGUUUACGUGGUGAGACGGCUUAAAACAUCUACGGAAAUUGGCGAAGUGGAAAGUAUCGUGUUGGAUGUACUGGACGAGAACUACAAUGUAAAGCAGGACUCGCGCAGAUUGGAAUAUUUGGACGCAAUUGAUUGUGUGAUGAUCGCUGUAACCAAGAACAAUGAUAUUGUGGUGAUCCAACACGAUGAUCCCCAGGUGUUUGUCAUAGACAAUACCGGGAAAUUAAAGCACGUGUUUGAAAGAGGCUCACGUAAUCUACGCGGCUUAGGUAUUUGUGGGCAGGAUGAAAUCAUGGUAUCAUCAGGCAGUUUCCAGAUUGUGGAGAUAUACUCCCAGGAAGGAAAUCUGAAGUCAACAAUAAAACUACCAGAAGGUCACGAGGUCCAUGGGUUUGCAUUUAAUUAUGUCAUUUGUAAAAUAAUUGUCUUAACCCGUGUCAGGAAAAAAGAUUCCUAUUUCCUUCUGUGCUACACUGAAGCAGGUGAACUGGAGACCGAAACGUUCUUUUGUAAGGGAAUUGACGGAUUUUACUCCAGAAUCUGUUCUCAUCCAAGUGGUCCUAUUGCUAUUGUGAGGACGAAAAGCAUCACUUUCAUUUAA